AUGGACACGUUCCCGGAUGAACAGUUGCUGGCCGUUUUGAGUACCCCAUGGUUUGCUGACAUUGUGAAUUAUUUGGCUACGGGUCUCUUACCACCACAUUGGUCUCCUUACAAACGUCGUCGUUUCCUUCAUGAAGUACGGAUGUUCUCAUACGACGACCCUUAUCUUUUCAAUUUGCACAAGGAUGCUUCUCACUUUUGCGUCGCUUGUGAACGUUGUCAAAAGCUUGAAAGUGUGACUCGGAAGGACGAAAUGCCACUAACAAACAUUCUAGUAGUCGAGAUUUUUGAUAAUUGGGGCAUUGACUUCAUGGGACCAUUUCCUGUUUCUUUCGGGAAUUUGUACAUCUUGUUGGCGGUUGAUUAUGUAUCGAAAUGGGUUGAAGCAAUUGCAACGCGUACCAAUGAUGCCAAGGUGGUGGUGGAGUUCCAUAAGGAUAAUAUUUUGUCACGCUUCAGAAUGCCAAGAGCUAUCAUUGGCGAUCAAGGCACCCACUUUUGCAAUCGCAUCUUUGAAGCCUUGAUGAAGAAGUAUGGUAUCACUCAUAAGGUCUCCACCGCUUAUCAUCCUCAAACGAAUGGGCAAGCAGAACUGGCAAAUAGGGAAAUCAAGCAUAUCUUGGAAAAGACGGUGAAUCUGAACCGUAAAUAUUGGAGUCUUCGUUUGACCGAUGCACUAUGGGCUUAUCGCACAGCAUACAAGACCAUCUUGGGAGCUUUGCCGGCACACAGAAGGCUACAACUCAAUGAGCUUGAACAGAUUCGGAGAGAUGCUUAUGACAACGCCGCCAUAUACAAAGCAAAAGUCAAGGCUUACCACGACAAACGAAUUCACCGGAAAGACUUUGACGUUGGUCAAAAGGUACUCUUAUACAAUUCUAAGCUUCAUUUGUUUUCUGGUAAAUUACGUUCUCGUUGGGUUGGCUCGUAUGUCAUUGAACAUGUUUAUCCUCAUGGUGCUGUUGAUGUUUUGAAUCCAAUUAAUGGUAAAUCUUUUAAAGUUGGAGAACCAGAUGAGGAGUUGAUCGAUCCAGUUUACACGGUCGAUCCGUUGAUCUAG